UCUACAGUGUUGUCCAAUUUAUGCAGUGACUUGUGCCAAACUGAAUAUAAUAAACUAAAUCUGAAUUACACGUUUAUUGUGGUCAACUGCAAGCGGUAACCAAUACGUUCGACUUUUCGGAAGUAUUGAUACAGAUUUAUGAUAAUACAUAGCUGAAAGACUGAUCGAAAGAUGGCCUUCUUAAGCGCAGUUGUGAUGCUGUUGGCGAUGCCCGUUUUGACCACCGCUUUAAUAGUUGACGGGCGUCCUGGUGAGUGGACGACAUGGUCACCGUGUUCUAAAACAUGUGAGGGUGGAGUUCAGUUUCGUAAAAGACUAUGUGACAACCCUGCUCCAGCUAAUGGCGGAUCCGAUUGUCUUCCGGAAGAGUUGCUUGAAUCACGGUUUUGUAAUGAUCUCAAAUGCCCUGUUGACGGACGUCCUGGUGAGUGGACGACAUGGUCACAGUGUUCUAAAACAUGUGGGGGUGGAGUUCAGUUUCGUAAAAGACUAUGUGACAACCCUGCUCCAGCU